UAUCAGUUGGAUAAUGAACUUGAAAAUUAAACAAUUCCUCCGAACGUUGAUAUUACUGUGGUUAUUUAAGUGAAGUGGUUUAAGUAGAUGCGGUUAAAAUUUAGUAUUUUAAAUUAAAUAGUCCGAUAGUUACGUCUAUUUCUUUAAAAUCCACAAUGUGGAAAACGGCUAUUUUAGUUGCUGCUUUUGUAUCCUUCUUAACGUUUGGACCGCCUAAUCAAUAUCUAAUUGAUAUUGAACCGAUAGCUUACAGCGCCAACCUGUUUACAUCGUUUGAUGGUCCACUCGAACACAACACAAUACUUUCCGAUGCUGAGCAUCUGCCAGUCAAAAUUCAUGGUCCCGAAUCUCUUGCCGUCUGGGACAAUAAAAUAUACACCGGCACAUUUGGUGGCCUCGUAGUUCGCGUUGACGAAGACAAGGUCGUACCAAUUGCAAAAAUCGGCAAUGGUAAAUGUGAUGCAGAUUCGACACUUCAGGAAUGCGGUCGUCCAUUAGGCGUACGUUUCAAUUCCAAAGGAAUACUAUAUGUGGUCGAUGCAUUCCAUGGGCUACAUAUGAUAGAUUCUGUAACUGUACCGAAUCCGAAAGUGACUCAGCUCCUUGCUACCUCGGCUACUAACAAUUUAUCUGGGGGUGUAUCGCUUUUCUUCGACGAUAUUACUGUUGAUGAAGGUACGGGCACCGAUGGCGGCGAUGUGAUUUAUAUUAGCGAUGUCAGUACGAAAUGGGAUCCGGUACAUAGUACCUACGCUCUCAUAGAGCAUGAUAAGUCGGGACGUCUAUUGAAGUAUGACAUCAACGCCCUCAAAGUGACUGUUGCUGGUACCGAUUUUGCUUUUCCCAAUGGUGUGCAAAUCACUGAUAGCAAGGACGCUGUGAUUGUCUGUGAAUUUGGACUUCGAAGACUCACGCGAACUUUUAUCAAAGGUCCGAAGACUGGUAAAACCGAGUUCUUCGCCGCACUUCCAGGCGAAUGUGACAACAUAAGGCGAAGUGCGAAUAGUGAGGAGGAAACGUAUUGGGUGGCAUACACAUCAGUCCGAAACGCUUCGACUCCCUUGAUGGUGGAUCGUUUAGCUGACGUACCGUUGUUGAGAAAAUUUUUGGUUCGUCUUUCGCAUUUUAGUGGUACGGUCAUCGAAAAUAUUGGCAAUCUUUAUAACAUCAAGCAGCUACAAUCUUUGGGACAUUCAAUCAAACCGACAAUAGAAAAUCUAUUUUUACUCUAUGCGUCGAACUACGGAAUGAUUACCGAAGUGAAUGCCAACGGUAAAAUAAUUACCGCGUAUUCUAGUCCCGAUGGCCAAACUACACAUUUAUCGGAAGUGUUGGAACUGAAAGGUGAUAAGGGUGAACGAAUUUUAUAUAUUGGAUCGUAUUUGAAUUCCUAUUUGGCACGUCUUGUUGUACGAAAAUAAUUUGUAAUUCUUUAAAUGGAGUGAGCUGUCCUAAGUCUCUGAACUACACUAAGAUAUAAUGUAAUUGCUUUUCAAUUCCAUUUGAGUAAUACGUAUCAUACCAUGAUACGCAAAUACUAUUCUUGUCAGAAACUCGUUUAAGCUUCCUUUGUAAGAUCACACCUACCUAUGCAACCAUAAAUCAAUCAUAGUUUUGACGUCUCAAAGGUGAACAGAUUUAGACUUUUGAGA